UUUUUGUUUCUCUAUUCUCCUCAGAGCCUCUCUCUUGUCUCUAACUCAAACUUUCCAACAGUUACAUUAACUUUAGGAGUUCUUCUCUAUCUUUGUUUCUAUCUUUUUACACUUCCGACAAACCGUCGAAGAGGAAGAGGAAGAAGAAGCAUAAAAAUACAGGAAGAAAAAGAUGCCCUUAACGGCAGACGCCACAAAGCACCUGUCCUCCGUUAAUGGAGGAGGAGUUAAAGUGAUUACAGACCUCAAGAGCCUCUUUUCUCUCUUGAAAACCAGAAGAAGGCUUGCUUUUGUAUAUGUGGUCAUGUUUGUUUUUGUUGCUUUCACUGUUUUCGUGGCCUUUAAUCCCUCUUCUUCCGCCCUCUCUUUCUCUAAUAUUUUCGGUGUCACUUCUUCAACUUCAAGUUCUUCUUCGUCUUCGUCUUCGUCUCCAUCUUCUUCAAGCUCUUAUAGAUCUCAGUUCUCUUCUGUUUUCUCUUACUUUUUCCCCAACAUCUCUUCUUCUUCUUCUUCCCCAAAACAAGUUCAUGCUCAACCCCAAAACUUGUUUAACUCCACCAGAUCCAAUAACACCACCACUGUGAACCAAUCUCAAUCUCCCAAUGUAAACCACACUCAAAGUUCUGACUUUUCAUCUCAUCAAAAUAAGGUCUUACAUGCAAAUCAAACUUCAAUUGCCAAUAAACAACCCUCACCUGUAAAAAGCACCAAGCAAAGUUCUCAAUCUUCUAAUAAAAAUCAAAUUUUGAAGCCAAAUCAGACCACUUCAGCAGUGCCCCCAACACCAAAGACAGCAUUACCUUCUAAUCAAACCAUAGCAAAAAGUUCAAGUUCAAGUCCCACUCCUACUCCAUUGGUGAAGCCUAAGUCACCAGUAUCAAAUUACACAGCAUCCCCAAAACAAAAAGGCUAUGGGAGUAGUCCAGAGAUGGUGGUGGCAAAGCAAGGGACUGAGAGUGUGAUGGAGAGUUUAAUGAAUUGUGAUUUGUUUGAUGGAGAGUGGGUUGAGGAUCAUUCUUAUCCCCUUUAUAAACCAGGCUCUUGCCGUUUCAUUGAUGAGCAAUUCAGUUGUGCUCUUAAUGGUAGACCUGAUAAACUCUUUCAGCAAUUCAAAUGGAAGCCUAAAGGCUGCACUUUGCCAAGGUUGAAUGGGAGCCAUAUGUUGGAAUUGUUGAGAGGUAAGAGGCUAGUAUUUGUCGGUGAUUCAUUGAAUAGGAAUAUGUGGGAAUCUCUUGUUUGCAUUCUGAGAAACACGGCAAAAGAUCCAAAGAAUGUUUUCGAAGCUCAUGGAAGACACUAUUUUCGCGGUGAAGAUUCGUAUUCGUUCAUUUUCAAAGAUUAUAACUUCUCUGUGGAGUUCUUUGUAUCUCCUUUCUUAGUUCAAGAAUGGGAAAUGCCUGAUAAAAACGGAGCCACAAAGGAGACACUUAGACUCGAUUUAGUGACGAGGUCAUCUGAUAAAUAUAAAAGCGCAGAUAUCAUCAUCUUCAACACUGGACACUGGUGGACACACGAGAAAACUUCCAAGGGGAAAGAUUAUUACCAAGAAGGUGGCCAUGUGUAUGGUGAACUUAAUGUUCUUGAGGCUUUCCGGAAAGCUUUAACAACAUGGGCGAGAUGGGUUGACGCCAAUGUAAAUCCGAGAAAAUCUAUGGUUUUCUUCAGGGGUUACUCUGCCACCCAUUUUAGUGGCGGACAAUGGAAUUCAGGUGGAGCAUGUGACAACGAGACUGAACCAAUCAAGUAUGCGACAUAUCUACGACAAUAUCCCCCAAAGAUGCUGGUGCUGGAGAAGGUACUGAGAGGGAUGAAAACGCAUGUCACCUACUUAAACAUCACCCGAUUGACAGAUUACCGGAAGGAUGGUCACCCAUCAAUAUAUAAGAAACGCAACAUCUCCAAAGACCAAAGAUUGCAAUAUAAGUUCCAGGACUGCAGCCACUGGUGUCUUCCAGGUGUGCCGGACGCCUGGAAUGAGCUUUUCUAUGCUGAACUCUUAAUCAAAGAGAAUAAGAUGCAGCAACAUCACCAGAAACAGAAGAAGAGAUACGGGUAAAAAUAAAAAACUCCUCCCAAAUAUGAGUUGCUUAUGUUAUAAUUUGAUCUUGAUUAAUUAGUAGGAAUUAUACAUAUAUCGUGUAUAUAUAUAAAGAAAUUGUAGAAACAAAAACCCAAAUGAAGAAGAUCCAACAAUUUUUGUUUUUUUUAUAAAUUAUGAGAAAUUCAAGAGCAAAAAUGCUAAAAUGUAAUACUCCUUUUUAUAAAUAAAAUUCUUAUAGUAUUGAAGGCA